AUGGCGGAUCGUGAACGUCCUGCGAAAACCCCUAUAAGGGUGGGUUUUUAUGACAUAGAAAGGACUAUUGGCAAAGGUAACUUUGCCGUUGUAAAAUUAGCGCGACAUCGAAUAACGAAGACUGAGGUAGCAAUUAAGAUUAUAGAUAAAUCACAAUUAGACGCUAGCAAUCUUCAGAAGGUUUACAGAGAAGUGGACAUCAUGAAGAGGCUGGAUCAUCCUCAUAUUAUUAAGCUUUAUCAGGUUAUGGAAACAAAGAACAUGAUCUACAUUGUAUCAGAAUAUGCAAGCAAAGGAGAAAUUUUUGACUAUAUCGCGAGGUAUGGUCGGAUGGCCGAGCAAGCUGCAAGGCGUAAGUUCUGGCAGAUCUUGUCCGCUGUGGAGUACUGCCACGAGAGGCGAAUUGUGCACAGGGAUCUCAAGGCGGAAAACUUGCUGUUGGAUGCGAAUAUGAAUAUCAAGAUUGCAGACUUCGGCUUUAGCAAUUAUUACGCCACUGGUGAGCUUCUGGCCACGUGGUGUGGAUCUCCACCCUACGCUGCGCCGGAGGUGUUCGAAGGCAAACGGUACACGGGCCCGGAAAUUGAUAUAUGGAGCCUCGGGGUGGUGUUAUACGUGCUGGUAUGCGGCGCACUGCCAUUCGAUGGUUCCACACUUCAAUCACUCAGAGAUCGUGUUCUCUCAGGGAGGUUCAGAAUACCUUACUUCAUGAGCGAAGACUGUGAAUCCUUAAUUCGCAAGAUGCUCGUUUUAGAACCUAUGAAGCGUUAUACAGUGGAGCAGAUAAAAAAGCACCGGUGGAUGGCAGCGGAGCCCUAUACUGCUCCUACGGUAACCACCGCAGACCCAGCUCGAAGUCCAGCGCACACCACCAUGCAUAACGAGCCUAACGAACAAGUACUGCGACUAAUGCAGAGUUUGGGAAUCGACCCUAUUAAGACUAAAGAGAGUCUUCGCUCAAACAGUUACGAUCAUCACGCCGCGAUCUACCUGCUGCUGUUGGAGCGGCUGCGGGCGCGCGCGGCUGGCGGCGUUAGUGGUGGGGCGGGAGGGACUGGGGGUGCGAGUGGGCCGGGGGGUGCGGACGCACGCAGCCCGUCGCGCCGACCUUCCUCCGUCGCCGACCAGGCCCUAGCGAGGGAGCUGCAAGAUGCACGCCGGGAACAUCAUAAUAGAUUAUUACACGCUGGAGAUGCUCAAACAAGAGAGUAUAAUAGAGCAACUCCCAGUAUAUCAGCUGCGCCGGCUGACGCGUCGUCUGCCGAAACACAGCGACUUCUUUCCCUUGCCGGUGUUAACAUGACCGAGCAACGACUGCUCCAGCGAAAUUCCGACCCAUCGGAGACGCAUAGGAGCUUUCUAGUAGGAAAUCUUGAUGUCCCGUCCAAUAGAACUCACGAAGUGGAAUCCACAAGACUACUCUCGAUGCGAAACAUCGACGUAUCCCAAUCAAAUCAAAGAUUAGGCGCAAAACUAAACGAUAACGCCGUCCCCACUCACAGACUUCUCACAACAACUUAUGUACAACAGCAGAACAUACUUAAGGAAUCUAGCGAAGACUGUCGACGGAUGUUACAACAGUCGACUACAGUUGGCCUUGAGACUAAUAAACAUACUAAUGAUGGUACUAGGCUUUUAACCUCCUCGAGUUUUGAUUCAAAAUGUGCUAUUGAUGGCGGCAGAGUAGCGACGACGGAUCAGAGUGUCAUCGCUAACUUCUUACAAAAUUCUGCUUCUGCUACUAAUUUCAAUUCUGAAACUGAUAAGCUGCCAAGCUCAACUACAUUUACUAUGUGCUCUGAAGCGGCAAAACUUAUGAAUACAUUACAACAAUCGCCUUUACCGUUGAAAGGAACUGUCAACCUAAGUACAAGUCCCAUACCAACACAAUUUACUGAUACGAAACUGACUAGUGUAUUAGAACAGUCUAAACCCUUAGAAUCAACGAGGCUAGUAUCUCAAGCACAACAGCAGGAUUUAAAUCGCUUGCAGACUUGUACGCCGCCUUUUAAAGAUUAUGUGAAUCAUUUACCUUCGUAUUCUUAUGUACAAAGUGGCAUUUUGCCACCAAUAUCCAAUGCGGGUGAUACAAAUUUAUCCAUAACUGCCACUCCGGGGGAACUAUAUCAGAAUACUUUGUAUAGGCCAGAUAGCAAAUUUUCCUUAAAUAAAUAUACAACUAGUCAAACUUACACUCAAGUUCACCCUAGCAACCCAAACGAAAUGACAAAAUUUCAACAACAGUACUCAUCUUCGACCGAUGAAGGCUGCGAAACAGAUAUGGAAGACGUUCCUGCGGUACCAAGCGGAAUGCAAAAUCGUCUAAGCUCCUAUGCGAGUUCUAGCUCGAGUAGCGGCGUCGUUACCUUUUUUAACAAUAAAAGCUUAAGCCAAAACCUGAGCUGUGAUUCCUCUCAAAGCAAUUUCUCUACUUUCGAAAGCCUUGACUACCAACUCUCCGAUUGUUCCAGUGAAUUAGCGAGCAGUUUACCGAGCUGCACAUCCAACGAAGAUAAAUUAGCUUAUGAGAAUAACUCACUAGUAAAUACUAGUCCAAUGCAUCCGUGUGUUUACAUAUCUUCGUAUAACAGUAAAACUUCUGGGACGGGAUUCAUUAAUCGACACAACCCUAUUAAUUAUCAAUCUGCCAAUAAAAACUGUCAAAGAUCAAUCACAAGAAGUCCAGUUGAUUUUAGAGAAGGGCGUCGAGCCAGUGACGGUCUCGUCGCCCAACAAGCGGCUCAAUCUAACGAUACACAGAAAAAUAGCUUGGCAUUUAAUAGUCAAAAGCUAAACGAAAAUUGCAAAGCAAAAGGCGUACUAGAACUGCAUUUGGUACAAAAGGAGGCGCAAAAGCUUAAAACACAAUACCAAUCGACAAUACCAGCAGAAGAAAUGACUCAGAGACAGUUACAGCAUAAUCAGUUUGCUGCAAGUUUUUCUCCGCACUAUUUAGAUACCAAAAACCCAACCCCCAAACGAAUUAGCCUACCUGAAAGUUUUAAUUAUUCGAGUACAUCGCCACCAAUGCCAGCUAGUCCGAAAAUGAUAGCCCAGCUUCAAGAUCCACCGGAAUUGUCUCAUGGUACUUCUGUAUCUCAAGGCAGCAAACCUCCCCUACAGCAACAAUUAAUGCAGCAUAGAUUAUAUCAACAAAAGCGCCAAUUACUUCAAAAACAAAUGACGCCAUCCAAUAUAUCAGCGCAUGAAAUGGGCGCAAUCCAUACGCUUCAGGUCGGUUUAAGCAGGCGUCAGAUGCUUCGACAGCAAAGUUAUAAAAUCGCCCAGCAGCAGCAAAUAUUACCUCCAUUACCGUUAACUGAAACUGAAAAUCGUGACUUACUGGCUUUUCAAGCGAUCGUAGAAGAUCCAAAUAGGAGUAUAAAAAAAACUGAAGAGAUUCAAGAGGAUAUGUCCAAAUUCGCUUAUCAAGGUUCAAUGGAGAUUAGCAUAUUGAAUAAAGAUAGAUUAGGAAAUGAAAAUUGGUCCAACUUGCCGUCCAGUUUGCAAAGUGCUUGUCAGAUAUCAGAACUAGCGGGACGGCGGGAAAGUAGAGAGAUUCGAGAAGGUGAAAGGGAAGGAGGUAGUCAUCCUUCGAUGGAUACAUCUAUUUGGCCAGGACAAUGGAAUGCAGGGCUUUUUCAGCCACAGGCUUGUUUUCAGCCUUCUUGGCAGGGACACAGUCUACCACCUACCGGAAAUAUGCUUCCACUGAGCGAGAGUCCUAUUUUGGAGUUAACUGAACAAAUGGAAUCCAUUUAA